CCAUUAUUUAGCCGCCUACUUGUGCGUGCUGUUGGCUAACCUUCAGGAAGUGUUAAUUCGAUUUAAGGACGUGGUCCGUGCGGAAAGUGCUAACCAAGUGCAAAAAGGUGCAGGUUUUCCCUAUCCAGUGGACAGCAACAUCCAGUGGAGAAUCAAUGAGGUGGAGACCUCGGAGCAGCGGAGCAACGAAAUGACGGCCACCUAUAAGCCCCUGCGUACCGACGAUGUGGAACUGGUGAACCAGCGUUCUACCGUGCUAAGGACGGUUCUUUUGCUGAUGAUUGUGUCCUUCCUGUUGUUCUGUCUGCUGGGCUAUUACUAUCAACCGGAAGGGGCUGACCGACCGAACAGUCAGUAUCAGAUGCAGGAUGUGGCGUCCCAUGAAGCACUGCUUAGGCGGCUCAAGACCAUACUGAACUGCCACACUCCAACGAAUGAGUACCGGCUCGAACCGCACGGAAGCUACUAUCUGCUGCGUAACUUCAUCGCGGCCGAGCAGCCGGUCGAGUGCUACGAAACCAUAACCUACACCACGCACGGUGAUUACACAUUCCUGGAUAACGUAGUACCGCUACUGGAGCGCUGGCAGGCACCGGUUAGUGUUGCGCUCUACAGUCCAGGCACCGAUCUCGAUCGUACCGUAGAGCAGUUGCGUCUACUGCGCGAUUGUGACGAUCAUCGACAGCUAGUCCGCCAAUACGUGAGCUUUCAUCUGUACUUAGACUUUGAGCAUCUACCAUCGCACCCGAUCGCGCACUACCAGGAUCUAGUGAAGCAACCGAUCGAGUGUCCAGUCGGUGACGCAGUCCUUCAAAGUCAAAGCUACCGGGCUGAAAACAAUCUUACUUACCCGGUGAACGUGGGUCGCAAUGUUGCUCGAUCCUUGGCCCUAACACACUUCGUCCUUGCGAGUGAUAUUGAGCUGUACCCUAGCCCCGACUUCAUUCCUAUGUUUCUCCGUAUGGUAGCGCAUCCAUUCUAUCAGUUCACGCUACAUGGUACACCGUCGGUCUAUGUUCUGCCAGUGUUUGAACUAACGGCGUCCAGUGCCGUGAUCGAUGGGCUACCACAGAAUAAAGCUCAACUGUUGGAGGCAUUGGCGAGCGGUGGAGCGAUCAAGUUCCAUGAACAAAUCUGCUCCCACUGCCACACGGUGCCCGGGUACCAAGAAUGGCUCGGUGUGCUGAAAGACGAGUACACGAUGGACAUUCUGACGACGGCCAAACGGGAUGGUCCCUUUGCUCACUGGGAACCACUGUACGUCGGCACAAACCGGGAUCCAAAGUAUGACGAACGGCUAAGCUGGGAGGGUAAGGCGGACAAAAUGACGCAAGCUUACAUCAUGUGCGUCCAGGGAUACGAUUAUCAUGUGCUAGAUAAUGCGUUUUUGGUGCACCGACCGGGAGUAAAAACAUUGGCGGAAGCGACGAAUCCAGCACAGCAAUCGAUACAGCGAUCCUUCAUCAAGAGUACCAUUCUCAACGAAAUUACCUCACUGUACGGGCAACGAGAAGGCUGCAGCAUCUAGCAUCACUGGAUCACCGUUUGCAAACAUGCUUUAACGAACUUCUAGUCACACGAAGUGGAAGAAAUGGACAAUAGGUAGUGGAUGGUAUUUUGUUUAUUAAAAAUCCUACUAAAAUCGA